UAGUCUACUCCAUGAUGAUGUCAUCGGUAGAUGGAAGCUAGUGGGUCCUGCCCAUCGGGACUCGCACCGAAACGAACGGAGAAACAAACCCAGCUUCACUGCUGUCGUGGACUUCACAUGUCCCAUCUAUUCUCCCAGAUAAGUGUUUUGUUGUGAGAAAAGGUUACCAAUUGACUGAUUCCAAUCUCAGACUGUAGGGGGGUAGUUUUAUCCAUUAUCUGCUGCUCGACCUCAAAAGGAAAGUGUUUUUGUUUCCUCCACGGAAAAGUUCAGAAAAGGUGGUUGUCACGACUGCCCUUCCUCCCACAAUGUCUUCUGAAACAAAGCCCAUCCAGGGGUCAGUAUCCCCAUGCUCUACGACCCCUCCCCUGACCUCCAGGUCCCCUGGCUCCCCGGUCUCUCCGGUGUCCCCUGGGUCCCUGUGCCCGCCAGCCUCCCGGCACCGAGACCGUUCCCCCUCCCCCAUGAGAGGUUACCUCAUACCCAGCCCCCUGCCAACCAGACGUACUAGGACCUGCUCCGCGGCGGAGCGUGCAGCGGAGGGUCCUUCGUUCAGCGGCGUAUGUAAGUGUUUCUCUCGGACAAAAGGACACGGCUUCAUCACACCAGCCGACGGAGGCAGCGACAUCUUUGUCCACAUCUCAGAUAUCGAGGGGGAAUACGUGCCAAUGGAAGGAGAUGAGGUGAGCUAUAAGGUGUGCUCCAUCCCUCCCAAGUACCAGAAGGUCCAGGCGGUGGAUGUCACCAUCACCCACCUCAACCCAGGAUCGAAGCACGAGACCUGGGGUGGGGCGCUGCUCAGCUCCCCCUGAGUCCCGGAGGUUUCUGGAGGGGAGAAAUGUCAACAGGGAAAGGGUCCCCUUCUUUUUAGUUUUUCUGAAGGGACAUAUGGGUUAAAGCUUGUUGUGGGAGGAAAUGGAAAGGUUGGUAUUUGAAUGGGGAAGAUAUGUAUCAUUAGAUGGGAAGGUUAAUCAAAUAAAACUGCAUCACUUCAACAAUA